GAAGGCAGACUGCCGCUCCUGUUUGGGACGAGGCUCUGGGUUUUGGUUCCGUCUGCAGACUUCAGCUGGCGGUGUGGACAGGAGCUCAUCCGCUGACUGAACUUUGCAGUGGCAGCGUUUAGAAACGGAGGGAUCAUAACCAGCAGCGCUGAGGCUCCUCCAGUCGGAUCAGCUCUGCAGACCGCUGUCAGGGUUCCAGCCGAGGGAGAAGUUUUAACGCUUUUAUGCAUCUUCCUGCUUUCCUGUCGGGUUUUAUGCAUCGCCAUGAAGCACCAGUCCAUUUCCCGGUGGCUGAGCCAACUUGGACUUCCUCAGUACUGCGUGGCGUUGGAACAGGAAUACGACGGUGUCGAGGAUCUGCUCCACCUCUCAGAGUAUGACCUCCUGGAGCUCGGCGUCCACAAUCACCUCCAUCGCCUGCACCUCCUGACUUCCCUGCACCUCCUCCAGGAGCGAGAGAAGAGGAGAGAGUUGAGGAUGAUGGCUGAGGGACGUUUUGCCAGUCUGCCCAGGUCCCUGCAUGCCCAUCAUCACACCUUGGGAGGAGGUUCUGUCCCCUCCACAGGGCCCAGCACUUCCCUCGGUGGCCCCAGCAAUGGCCUCUGCUCGCCCAAAAAGCCCACCAUCUCCAUGGAUCUCCACGGCUCCAAUCUCUACCUUCCUUCAGGGCAGGCCGGCAGCUUAUCUGAGAUUCCCUCUGCGGCCUACCAGCAAGUCUCCCUGCACGGGACGCUGCCUCGUCACAGAAGAGGAGGAACCAACGUGGGCCAGAGCAGCCACACGUGGGACCCGAAGACCAAUCAGGCGCCGCCGUUGCUUUCCGGGAACGCGUUACUGCCUUCGGGGCACGGCCUCCAGCCCGCCGCGUCCUCUCUGGGUCAGAAUAUCAGCGACGACGUCAAGAGUAGCAGAGAUCCUGUGGCUGCGCUGGAUGCUGCCGUCGACUACGUCAAGUUCUCCAGGGAUCAGUUUAUCCUGGACUGCUCCUUGGAGAAGCUCCGCAGGGAGCUGGAGGAGGAGCUGAAGAUGAACUGCGAGGAGCCCAGAAGUCACGCUUGGUACCACGGAGCCAUUCCCCGACAGGUCGCCGACAGCUUGGUGCAGCGUGACGGAGACUUCCUGGUGCGGGACUCCCUCUCCAGCCCGGGAAGCUUCGUUCUGACCUGCCAGUGGAGAAACGCCGCGCAGCACUUUAAAAUCAACAGGAAGGUAGUGAUACUGAAUGAAGCUUACUCCAGAGUUGAGUACCGGUUAGAUAAAGAAGGCUUUGACAGCGUUCCCGCUCUCGUCAGAUACUACGUCGGCAACAGGAAACCCGUCUCACAGGUGGUAGGCGCCAUCAUCUUCCAGCCCAUCAACAGAGCCUUCCCGCUGCGCUACUUGGAGGAAAAGUACGGGCUGUCCAGCAGCCACAAAGAGGCGGGGCUUAUGGCGCCGGAGAGGCGGGGCCAGAACCGCCUCAGCCUGAACAUCGCCAACGGACACGACGGCUCCCACAACGUCCACGACGGCCAGCAGUCGCAGGACAACGGCUUCGCCCGAGGCAGCCAGCUGAGGUUGAAGGAGCGCUGCGGCAGCCAGCCGGCGAGUCUCAAUCAGGUCCAGGAGAAGCGAUGUCCGCUGAAGGCGCACCAGUCAGAAAGCUUCCUUCCUCUGGGAAGCAAAGCGCAGCCGCAGCAAUCCCCCGACCCGCUGCUCCCCGGCACCGGCCCCAAGCUGCCGGUGUUUCGGACCGGCAGUGAGCCGGUGCUGAGCCCGUCGCUCCAACGCAGAUCUGCAGAACAGUUGGCAGGCCAGGCCAUCCGGGGCUCCGACAGCCAGCUGUGUCCCAAACCGCCUCCCAAACCCAGCAAAGUGGCCCUGGCUCGUCUGCCCCGCUCACCCUGCCCCAUGCCGCCCUGCGCCAACCUGGCCGCGCCUCCUCUGGGCUCCACAUCUGGGGAAAACCUGGCCUCUCCCUGGAGGAAUGGAGGCCCGCCCGUUCCUCCAGUGAAGCCCCACAAGUUUCGGCACUUUCCUCCCGCAGACUCCGGUUCUGCAGCUUCCCCUGUAGACGUCGUUCCGAGUCCCGAUUCAGAGGCGGCUCCAGGGAGGACGGACCGCCUCCAGCCAAGCCCCGCUGACCGGAGGUCCUGCAGCCCGCAGGGACCGGACUGGGAACGAGGAAAGUCCCAGAAGGCAGCGGUGUGCGGCUACGUGGAGAGGCUGACGGGCGACGGCGGGGACGAGGCGGAGGGACAGAAGGCGCUGGACAGGAGCUCCUACCAUCACGCCAUCGCAGCCUUGGAGAGCACGAGUGAGGAGGAGGAGGAGGAAGGGGAGGAAGGGGAUAUUCGGAGGAGGGAAAAGGCUAGAGGGGGUUUUCUGCAGCCGGUCAUGGAGACGGAAUCGACGUUCAGGCCGUCGGAGUUCGAGUCCCGUCUGCUGCCGCCUGAAAACAAACCGCUGGAGAUGGUUGUCCUGAAGAGGGCGAAGGAGCUGCUGCUGAGCCACAACCAUCAGAGUCUAGCCAGACACCUGCUGAUGGCCGACUGCCAGGUGGCGAGGAUCCUCGGCGUGACUCCGCAGCUCAAAGGUCGGAUGGGCGUUUCGUCCGGUCUGGAGCUGGUGACGCUGCCCCACGGCCGGCAGCUGAGGCUGGACCUGAUGGAAAGGCACCACACCAUGGCCAUAGGCGUCGCCGUGGACAUCCUGGGAUGCACGGGCACCGUGGAGGAGCGAGCGUCCACCUUGAAUCGCAUCAUCCUCGUGGCGAUGGAGCUGAAGGACGCGGUGGGCGAUCUGUUCGCGUUCGCCGCCCUCAUGAAGGCUCUGGACAUGCAGCAGAUCAGCCGCUUGGAGGAAACCUGGACGACUCUACGAAGGAACCACACGCAGACCGCCAUCAGCUACGAGAAAAUUCUCAAGCCUUUCUACAAGAGUCUGUAUGAAGGCGAAGCCUCCUCCCCUUCGGUGGUCUGCGUCCCUCUCCUCCUGCCUCUGCUCACCCUGAUGGAGCGGCCGUCAACAAAGCCCGAAGGCGUGGAGCUCUGGGAGAUCAGCGACCAGGGAUGCGACAUCAUGCUGCGCCACCUGGAGGCCGCACGCGACGUCGCCCACAACGCGCGGAACUACACGUCCAACGCGGAGCAGGUCCUGGAAGGGUUCCAGUGUGACGAAGAUCUGCUGGAGGUUUUCAAAACAGACUUCCAGCUGCGGCUGCUGUGGGGGAGCCGCGGAGCAGCCGUCAACCAAUCGGACCGCUACAACAAGUUCAACCUCAUCCUCACGGCGCUGUCCAGGAAGCUGGAGCCCACGACCAAAACACAAGCCGUGAUCUGACCCACUCUGCACAACGUGGGACUCGCAGCAACAUGCAGCAAAGUGACAAGUCAGCUGAGCAGAUCAGCAACCGUCCUGCAGCCACAGAACCUACUGAAACAAGCGGUAGCUGUUAAAUAGAUUUAGAGAAUAGGAAAAAUUCCUGCUUUUACAGCUAAGGGAGAACAGCUCAACCACUGAGCCACAAACAGCUCAAAAAAAAGAGUCGGCCUCUAUUUGUUGAUUUCCGUCGCUGUAAUCAGGUCAGUUUUAUUUCUAUAACCCAGUAUUAAAUAUUUACCACAGCAACUUUAAGUAGUCUGUGCGGCAUACAACUGAUAAAGACGGGGGGAAAAAAAUGUUUAAUACUAAAACAAUGAGGAUUUGUUGCAGAGCAACACGCUGAGCCAGAGACUGAUAGCAUCUUCAGAAAAGACCGCAGAGAUAGACACGACCGGACCAG